AUGACCUCGAUUCCAUGCUGCACCAGAGCGCCUGCUAUCCUCGCUCUGCUGGCUGUCAUGGUGGCGGUGACUGGUCAGACAGUCGUGGCUGCUGACCUCGCUUCUGAAGCUGCAGAGCUGGACGCGCUCUUUGACGCUCUCUCGGGAUCGAUGUGGACGAACAACGGCGGGUGGGAGGCGAGGGCCGGGUCGGCGGGUACGCCGGACGCCGUCUGCUCGUACUACGGCAUCACAUGCUCCAACACCUCGACCUCGGACGGGCUCACCCACGUCAUCGCCAUCACCCUCUCGGGCAACGCCAUGGCUGGCACGCUCCCGCCCAUUGCGUGGGACUUUCCUGAGCUCGUCACCCUCGACCUGACCGGCAACGUUCUUUCGGGCACGCUGCCGGCGGCGUGGGGCAAGAUGUCCAAGCUCGAGCUGCUGCUGCUGGGUGGCAAGGCGGUGCCGUCCGAGUUCCUGCUCUCGUUCCUCUCGCCGGCCGUGCUCUACUUUUACACCCUUGGCUCGCUCGUUGGCUCCGAGCUCGAGGGCACGCUCCCACCCGAGUGGGGCGCGCUGAGCAAUCUUCGUAUCCUUGCGCUCAACACGGGAGCACGGACAACGGGCGGUUUUGCAGGCAGUGACAUUCCACCCGAGUGGGCAGGCAUGACCUCGCUCCGCUAUCUCACCUUUGACUCGUCGGGCCUGGGCAACGGCGGCCCACUGCCGGCGCACACUCUCGCUGCCAUGUCCUCGCUCGAGUACUUUGGCUGCAGCUACUGCGACUACUCGUCGAUCCCCGAAGCCAUCACCUCCGCGCCCAAGCUCCACUCGCUCUACCUGAACUACAUGCCUAUCAACGGACCACUGCCGGCUUUCAUUCCGCGCUGGUCCGCGCUCCGCGCUCUUAUCGUUGGCGCCGUGGGGCUGACUGGCCCGCUGCCCACCGACUGGUCCGCCCUCACCAACGUCCGCAUCAUCGUUCUCGCCGAGAACGCCAACCUCGUCGGAACUCUUGCCCCGUUUGCACCGCUUCCCGCGCUCGAGGUCCUCAUGACGUACAAGAGCGGCAUCACCGGCACGCUUCCGAUCUUCACUUCGCCUGACGUGUACUUUCUUGUCAUUUCGGGCCAGAGCCUCUCCGGAUCGAUUCCGCCGCAGUGGGGCGAGAUGACCAAGAUGCAGCAGCUGUGGAUGGGCGAGAACGCCAUCGAGGGCACGCUUCCGGCCUCGCUCGCCAACUGGACCUCGCUCAAGCUCAUCGACGUCCGCAACAACCGUCUCACCGGCACCGUUCCAGUCGCCUUUGGCACCGCCUGGUCGCAGGUCGGCCGUUUUGAGCUUGCCCACAACAGCUUUACCGGCACGCUGCCGCCCGGCUUUGCAUCCGUCACUCAUGUCGACAUUUCCGGCAACGCCUUUCCGGCCCGCUCGACGUCAUACAACCUCUUUGACUCGGUGCCUGAGAAUUGCAACAUCUCGGCCAUCACUAUCGACUUGUCAGGCAAUAACCUGCAAGGCAUGCUCCCGGCAGGCAUCGGCAACAUCAAGGGGCUGCAGCACCUCUCGCUAGCAGGCAACAAGCUGACCUCGUCGUUUGUGCCGUUGUCGUGGGCCAAGCUCUCGCCCUCGCUCGUCAACAUCGAUCUCUCGCGCAACCAGAUCAGCGGCGACGUGACCAACAUGCUUGCCACCUUUCGUGACUUUGCCCGCCUGCAGCGGGUCGACAUCUCGCACAACCAGCUUGUCGGCACCAUGCGCGGCAACCUAUUUGUCGAGGUCUUCCCUGCGCCGCGCAACUUUUUCCAGACCCUCGUCCUCAUGUACGUCAACAACAAUCAGAUCACUGGCAAUGUCCCUCCCUGGUUUGACACCGUGCCCACCAUUCUCGAGUUUGACGGCUCGGCCAACAACUUUACCGGCUCGGUCGACACUCUCACCGAAUCAGUCCAGUCUGCCAAGUUUGCCGACAACCCGGAGCUUGGCGAGCAGGACCGCAUCUCGCUUCCAAGCUCCAUUGUUCCGAUCGAGCCUUUUGUUCAGCUCUCGGCCGACCAGCCAUUCUCGUGUCCCUCGUUCAUCGAUGUCCGUCGCUCGCGCUCCAGCGUUGUCCUCGACCCGCGGUACUACGGGUACCAGCUGUGCAAGUGCGAUCCAGGCUACUUUGGCGAGGCCGGCCAGUGCCGCUCUUGCGCUCCAUUUGGCGAUGCCGUUCGCUGCGAGGGUGGCCGCAUUGAUCUCGCCGACUUGAGCGAUGGCUCCAACACGCUCGGCAUCGACCUCUCGUCCUCUGCCACCGCAGCUGCAGCUUCGCAUCCGGCCGGCUUUGUUUCGGCCGCCGAGGCCGAUGUCGUCCCCAGUGGUCCCAAUUGGGGCGGGGCCGUCCCGCACCGCGCCAACCUCACCAUCCAGCCCAACUACUAUGUCGCCGGCUACAAGGACGACGGAACGCCGCUCAUCGACGAGUGCUACCUCAUCGGCAUCGACGAGUCGAGCUGCAAUCCCGAGGCCAAGGAUCCGUUCGAGUGUCGCAACGGCUACCGCGACCGCCUCUGCUCGCGGUGUGAGAAGGACUACUACCUGCAGGGCCGCCGGUGCGAGGCGUGUCCAACGGCGACGCCCAUCGUCCUUGCCGCCCUCUACGGCGCGGUCUUCCUUGUGUGGUACGGCAUGAAUCAGACUAACAAGAAGUCCGUCUUCUACGCGCCGCUCAUCAAGUCGCUGUUUGUCUUUCUGCAAACCUCGGCCAUCCUUUUCUCAGGCUCGUCAGCCUUUGUGUGGCCGUCGUCGGUGACGACGGCCUUUGACUCGGUCUUUUCGUGGACCUCGUUCUCGUUCCCUAUGCUGGCGUGCCUCUCCAACUCGAACUCCAAGUGGGAGCUCUCGUUCUUUGUCUCGCUCUUUGCGGUGCCUGCGCUGUUUUUCAUCCCGGCCAUUGGCUACGCCAUCUUUGCCGGCCUCUCGGCGGUGGUCGACGGCGGCCUGUUUGGCCGGAGCGAGCGCGACUGGCGGUUCGGCGCCAUCCGGACCGGCCUGGCGGUGCUCAACCUCGGCUACAUGCCGAUCACGGUGAACAUGCUGGUGGCGCUGCCGUGCCGGACGUCGUCGGACGGUAACUACUACCUCUGGGCUGCGCCGUGGAUCGAGUGCUCACGGUCAAACUCGGACUGGCUGGUCAUUGUGGUGACCGGAACGAUCAUGACCAUCUUGUAUGGGCUCGGCAUUCCGUUUGCCUUCUCGCUUCUCCUCCGCUGGCGGCGGCGGUAUCUGCGGUCGCUGCCGCCGGGCAUGGGCGAGGCCGAUGGGCACUGGUUCCAGUUCUUCUACGCGCCGUACCUCGAGCGGUCGUUCUGGUUCGAGCUGGUCAUUAUGGCGCGGCGGCUGCUGGUGGCCAUCAUUGCGGUGAUGCCUGCGACCAACCCGCUGGUACCGUUUGCCUUCUUUACGGUCCUCAUGGGCGCGCUUGUGGUCCAGUUCACGGUCAAGCCGUUUGUCCACAACAUCAUCAACUGGCUGGAGAUCCUGACGCUUGUGCAGCUCAUGCUCACCUUUUCUGUGGGCCAGGUCUUCUCGUCGGACGUGUACACUACGGAUCUGAGCUUUACGGCAACGAUUCUGGAAGUGCUCGUCAUCCUCACCAACGUCUUUGUCGUUGCUGCGUUCUUGGUGGUGCUCCUGUGGCGGCUUGUGAUGACGCGGCGGCGUGGUCCCAAGACGUUUGCAGUUUCGAUGUCGUCGUCGGAUGAGACAGGCGCUCACGUGAGCGUGGCGUCGUCGAGGAGCGGGCGGUUCAAGAUGCACGACGUGCCGCAGGCUCAGCCGCUCAUGACGGCACCGCUGGUGGGCGGCUCGGGCGUCGAGCUCCCGCUCAUCUCGCGGGCAACCGACCGGCCGACGACGACAGUGGCCGUGGGGCGGCGGCCGCCGUCUGCGCGCGACACGCCGUCGGUGUGGUCGUCGAACCCGACCGUGGUAACAACGAUCGGUCAGGGCAACGACAUGAACCGGCCAGAGACGGCAGGCAGCUCAUCCUCUGACUGGUCAACCUUUGACGGCGUCAGCUCGAUGCUAGACUCGGACAAGUCGAGUGCCGAGGACCAUGCAGCGACCUCGCCUGCACUCCCGGGCUCGGCGCGCCGCAUGGCCACCAAGUUUGAGGACUCGGUGGGCACCGUGCCGCGGCUGACCAGUUCUGUGUCGACGGCGCCUGCCAGGGCGCAGCAGCCGACGCCGCUGCUGCCGAUGUUCUGAACAUU